GCGGUCUGACAGGACUCAGGUGAACCUGAAACACAAACCUCUUUUCUAAAUAAAUACACUCGAUUCAAUCUGAGUUUUACUUUCAUAUGUAAUGUUAGUUUGCGAAGUAGAAACAGGUCAUGUUUUAUGUGUUUCAUUUGAUCACAGUUUUGAAAGUUUUAAAUAUAACUAGUGAUUCAAAUAAAAAGUGCCUGCCAGUCAAGUCUCAGGGCUUUUUAUCCCAGUGCUCCUCAUCCUUACGUCACGGCUGGACCGCUAGCUUCUCUCUGAUUGGCCAAGGGGUGAGCAGCUGACGCAGCUGAGCGCUGAUUUGCUGCUGUCCUCUGUGGGGGCGGGGCUUGUGGAGCAACGGCUUCUCUGCUUAAAAUGGCUGCAGAAUGUGACGGAAAUAAAACAAAGUGAACAAAAAAAGACGAAGAAGAAGCGGGUUCUGCAGGUUCUAGGUUCCGCACCGGGAGGCUUCUGCACCGGGAAGUCCUGCAGAGUUUCUCUGGGUUCUGCAGGUUCUGCAGAAACAAAGUUUAGAUGAACAUCAGGUUUCUCCAGGGGGCUCUGUCUCACAUGAUGCCAGUGGACAUGGCGAUGAGAUUCUGUCUGGCCGGUUCUCCUCCUCUGGGUUCCUUCCUGUUAGAACACUGUUCCCCGCUGAGGCCCUGCCUGUCCUCCGGUCUCCACGGCGACGCCUGCACUAACACCACGGUAACCAGGAGGUCAGCGGUCUGUCUGAAAAAGAAGAGGAACGUUGUUUUCGCGGACUCUCGGGGUCUGGCUCUCGCUAACGUCCACGUUUAUAACGAGGACGAGGACCAGCUGCUAACGGAGAACCAGGACCUGAAGCUGAGAGACAGGACAGUUGAGAACCAGCAUCUGAGAGACAGGACAGGUGAGAACCAGGACCUGAGAGACAGGACAGGUGAGAACCAGGACCUGAGAGACAGGACAGGUGAGAACCAGGACCUGAGAGACAGGACAGGUGAAAACCAGGACCUGAGAGACAGGACAGGUGAGAACCAGGACCUGAGAGACAGGACAGGUGAAAACCAGGACCUGAGAGACAGGACAGCAGACGGUUCUCCGGCUCUGGUUCUGGACUUCACCCCGCCGGUAGCAGACUAUCUGGAACUGAGGAACCGUCUGAAGGCCCAGCAGGUGGUUCUGGAGACGUGUUCUCUGCAGGAGCGCCUGCUCUCGGGAACCGUUCAGGUGCAGAACCUCUGCUUCCAGAAGAACGUGUGGGUUCGGAUCACCUUCGACUCUUGGCGCUGCUUCCAGGACGUUCCGUGUUCGUACCUGAACCAGGUGUACGGUUCCCCCGACACCAACACCUUCUCCUUCUGCGUCUGCGUACCGGAGGUUCUGCACCCAAAAGACCGGGUCGAGUUCUGCGUCCAGUACCACACUCCGGAGGGAACCUUCUGGGACAACAACCAGGGGAACAACUACCGGCUGGUGGACCCGAGUCCCGGGGAGAACCAGGAGAUCCCCGGGCUGCAGAUCCAGAACCAGAAACAGCGGGACCAGAUUGACCCGUUCGGCAGUCCCAGAACCUCUACGGGGGUCUUCCUCUGGCAGAGCUGUGGCAGCGUGGAGACCAGCGCCCCCUACUGGUGAGAACUGGGUUUAUUAUCACACCCAACGAGGGCCAGAGGACCCACUGAGAACCCUUUGAGAACCUCUGAGGAACCCACCGCAGAUCCUCGCUCUACCACCAGACACUUUAGCACAUUAGCUCUUUAGCACAUUAGCUCUUUAGCACGUUAGCUCUUUAGCACUUUAGCCGCCCUCACUGAAUUACCUUAAGUCUGUCUGAAAGACUUUAAAAGAGUUCCACGUCUCCAUCCCCGGUUAGAGACCCGCUGCCCAUCAGAACCUGACCCGGUUCAUCUGGUUCUCCAAGGAACCCGCUGCCCAUCAGAACCUGACCCGGAUCAUCUGGUUCUCUUCACCAGGGACCAGCAGGGGGUCCAGAGACCUCCAGACCUUCACCAGGGACCAGCAGGGGGUCCAGAGUCCUCCAGACCUUCACCAGGGACGAGCAGGGGCUCCAGAGUCCUCCAGAGACCUCCAGACCUUCACAAAGGACGAGCAGGGGGUCCAGAGUCCUCCAGACCUUCACUAGGGACGAGCAGGGGGUCCAGAGUCCUC